AUGUCCGGAGACAACACGAAGCAGAGUUGGGCAUUCCAGGGUAGGGGAUGGCUGAAGACGCUGAUUGCUGAACGACACGAAGUCGAGACAUCCGAUAGUCGUGGAGUUGCCUUUUCGGGGUCAAGCAGUCCAAUCCGCUCUGAGGAUUUUGCUCCUCCGUGUUCCCAGUGUAUGGACGCCACAGCCGCUCUGACAGCUUCGACAUUGGACGAGGCUGCUGUCUAG